AUGCGGUGCGAACGUUCGGUUCUCGAACUAAUUCACUCUUGCAAACAACACUUUGAUGUCUGCUUACUACAUGGCUCAAACCAGGUGAUCAUCAUUCAUUGGGAGCCACACAUUACCUCUCUCCAAGACUCGUAUCCAACACAACUAGGCUCACACCGCAAAAGACCUAAGCACCCUCAAAAGACUAGUAGCACCCUGUAA